UGUGGAGUGAGCUGUGUCGUGUGUGGAUGCUGUACUGUAUCGGUUGUCAGUACUGGAAGGAUUAGCCAGCUACACAUAGAGGACCGCUAAGCCUGAAUCAUGCACACCAUCAUCGUUACGACAACCUGGGAGUGGUGCAGAAAUUGUGCAAGAUACGGAUAGGGAGCGCGUAUUUUCUUUUGCCUUAACAGAUUGCGUGCUUGCAGCUUCACCAGAAAUGAAUGAAAGGGGUCUGAAUACCCCCGAAUUGUCUUGAUUGAGGGAGACACAUAUCUUUCAAUACGUCUCGUUUUGCUGGGCGCACGCCACGUUUGUUUUUGCUGGAAGUGACCAGACUGGGACAAAACUGGGGAGUUCGCUCGAGGCAUUCCCCCUCGGAUACGUUGAUUUUUGUCUUAUUUUCACUCUCGUUUGAUAUUUGAAGUCGAAGAUUAAGGGUGGAAAUCUGCCGUUCAAACAGACUACAAUAUGGGGAACGCAGGGAGUAUGGAUUCUCAGCAGACUGAUUUCAGGGCUCACAACCUGCCACUGAAACUGCCGAUGCCGGACCCAGGUGAAUUGGAGGAAAGAUUUGCCAUCGUUUUGAACUCCAUGAACCUUCCCCCAGACAAAGCAAGACUGCUGCGCCAGUACGACAACGAGAAGAAAUGGGAACUUAUCUGUGAUCAGGAGAGGUUUCAAGUGAAGAACCCCCCGCAUACUUACAUCCAGAAGCUGCAGGGAUAUCUGGACCCCGCCGUCACCCGGAAGAAAUUCCGCCGAAGAGUGCAGGAAUCGACCCAAGUCCUGAGAGAACUGGAAAUUUCAUUAAGGACCAAUCACAUCGGGUGGGUCAGGGAAUUCCUCAAUGAAGAGAAUAAAGGCCUCGAUGUCCUGGUGGAGUAUCUCUCCUUCGCUCAGUAUGCCGUCACGUUUGAUGUUGACAGCCUGGAGAACAACAUGGACAAUGCAGUGGACAAGUCCAAGCCCUGGAACCGCUCCAUAGAGGAUCUCCACGGAGGAAGCAACCUGCCCUCCCCCGUCGGAGGGAAUGGGGUCUCGCGCACGGGACGACACCCCUCGCUACGGUGUAACACGUUGCCAAGCCGGAGAACACUGAAGAACUCCAGAUUAGUUUGUAAGAAGGAAGACGUCCACGUUUGCAUCAUGUGUUUGAGAGCUAUUAUGAAUUACCAGUACGGCUUCAACAUGGUCAUGUCCCACCCACACGCUGUGAAUGAAAUUGCACUGAGUCUCAACAAUAAAAAUCCCAGAACUAAAGCUCUUGUUCUGGAGCUGUUAGCAGCUGUUUGUCUGGUCAGAGGAGGACAUGAAAUCAUUCUCUCGGCAUUUGAUAACUUCAAGGAGGUCUGCGCUGAGUCACAGAGGUUUGAGAAACUGAUGGAGCACUUCAAGAACGAAGAUAACAACAUUGAUUUCAUGGUGGCCUGCAUGCAAUUUAUCAACAUUGUGGUCCAUUCGGUUGAAGACAUGAACUUCAGAGUGCACCUGCAGUACGACUUCACCAAGCUCAGCCUGGACGAAUACCUGGAUAAACUGAAGCACACGGAGAGCGACAAACUGCAGGUGCAGAUCCAGGCCUACCUGGACAACGUGUUUGACGUGGGCGCCCUCCUGGAGGAUGCCGAGACCAAGAACGCGGCGCUGGAGCGCGUGGAGGAGCUGGAGGAGAGCAUGUCACACAUGACUGAGAAGCUACAGGACACAGAGAAUGAAGCUAUGGCUAAGAUUGUGGAGCUGGAGAAACAGCUGAUGCAGAGGAACAAGGAGCUGGAGACAGUUCGGGAAGUGUACAAAGACGCCAACUCGCAGGUGCACACGCUGCGGCGGAUGGUGAAGGAGAAGGACGAGGCCAUCCAGCGGCAGUGUCACCUGGAGAAGAAGAUCCACGAGCUGGAGAAGCAGGGCACCAUCAAAAUCCAGAAGAAAGGGGACGGAGACAUCGCCAUCCUGCCCUCCCCGCCUCACGGGACUACCCCGUCCCCCGACGCCGAGGGCGUGUCCGGGGCCUACGUGGGCGCCGGCCCCGCGGGCGCGCAGGGCGGGACGCUCCCGGGGAUGGGGUCCCCACCUCCGCCCCCGCCCCCUCCCCCUCCGCCGAUGCCAGGGGCCGUGCCAAACGGGCCUUCGGGUGCCUCCGCUCCGCCUCCCCCACCGCCCCCUCCUCCUCCUCCUCCGCCCCCUCCCCCUCCCCCGCCCCCAGGCCCCGCUGUGGAGGUCUCCCCGCCCCUGCCCCCGCCUCCGCCCCCGGUCGCCCCUCCCCUCCCCGGCUGCGGAUCUCCGACUGUCAUCUUCAACUCGGGGCUAGCAGCGGUGAAAAUCAAGAAGCCCAUCAAGACGAAGUUCCGCAUGCCGGUGUUCAACUGGGUGGCACUCAAGCCGAACCAGAUCAACGGGACGGUGUUCAACGAGAUCGACGAUGAGAGGAUUCUGGAGGAUUUAAAUGUGGAUGAGUUUGAGGAGAUGUUCAAAACGAAGGCGCAAGGUCCGGCCAUUGACGUGACCAUGAGCAAACAGAAAGUCAUUCAGAAGGGACCGAACAAAGUGACGCUACUGGAUGCCAACAGGGCCAAAAACCUGGCCAUCACCCUGAGGAAAGCGGGAAAGACACCGGAGGAGAUCUGCAAAGCCAUCCAGAUGUUCGACCUGCGCACGCUGCCCGUGGACUUCGUGGAGUGCCUGAUGCGCUUCAUGCCCACGGAGAACGAGGUGAAGGUGCUGCGGCAGUACGAGCGGGAGCGUAAGCCCCUGGAGAGCCUGACGGACGAGGACCGCUUCAUGCUGCACUUCAGCAAGAUCGAGCGCCUCAUGCAGAAGAUGACCAUCAUGGCCUUCGUGGGCAACUUCGCCGAGAGUGUGCAGAUGCUGACCCCGCAACUUCAUGCAAUUAUUGCAGCAUCCGUGUCAAUAAAAUCGUCACAGAAGCUUAAGAAGAUUCUUGAGAUAAUCUUGGCUCUUGGGAACUACAUGAACAGCAGCAAAAGAGGAGCAGUGUAUGGCUUCAAACUACAGAGUCUAGACUUGCUAUUGGACACCAAGUCGACAGACCGGAAAAUGACACUGUUACACUACAUAGCCAACGUGGUGAAAGAGAAGUACCAUCAGGUGUCUCUGUUCUACAACGAGCUUCACUACGUGGAGAAGGCCGCGGCAGUGUCGCUGGAGAACGUGCUGCUGGACGUGAAGGAGCUGCAGCGGGGCAUGGAGCUGACCAAGCGGGAGUACAGCAUGCACGGCCACAACACGCUGCUCAAGGACUUCAUCGCCACCAACGAGGGCAAGCUGAAGAAGCUGCAGGACGACGCCAAGAUCGCACAGGAUGCUUUUGACGACGCGGUGAAAUUCUUCGGGGAGAACUCCAAAACGACCCCUCCGUCCGUGUUCUUCCCAGUGUUCGUGCGCUUCGUCAAGGCUUACAGGGCAGCGGAGGAGGACAACGAGCAGAGGAAGAGGCAGGAGCAGAUGCUGAUGGAGAAGCUUCUGGAGCAGGAAGCCAUGAUGGACCAGCAGGACCAGAAGUCUCCCUCCCAUAAGAACAAGCGGCAGCAGCAGGAGCUGAUUGCUGAGCUGAGGAAGAAGCAGGUGAAGGACAGCCGCCACGUCUACGAGGGGAAGGACGGCGCCAUUGAGGACAUCAUUACGGAUCUUCGAAAUCAGCCUUACAGGCGAGCUGACGCGGUGAGGAGGAGUGUCAGGAGACGCUUUGAUGACCAGAACCUGCGGCCGGUCAACAACGCAGAGGUGGCCAUGUGACGAGGGACGCGUGCAUGUGACCUGAUGGGGAUGGGAGAGCCAGGGGCUCCAGCUGAAAAAGACUGCACUGAAGGGGAAAGGGGGAGGGGGUUAUGAUGAAAAAGUCAAGUUUUGUUGUUCUUUUUUUGGAAACCUUAGACAAGCUAAGUGCCUGAACUAAAUUCGGACGAUCAUUUCAAGCAAUAUGACCUGGCCUGGCUGCAGUCUUUUCCCAAGCUACUUUUUUUUUUUUUUUUUUUGCGUUCCCUUCGAUUUGUAAAACUGGACACGAACGUCUGUAAGGAAGGACCCCCCCUCACCCCUGGUCUUGUCCUUGGAAAGUGUAGAAUGUAAGGAGCGUGAUUCUGGAGUUGUCCGUUGAAGGUAUUCCACUCCAGUUGUUUACUAUGAUAAUUCCAUAGUAUCUCAAUACAUUCCGGUGCUACUGCCUUUAGCUUUGGAAUUUAUAAUGCUCUUUAGCUGCACUUUUUAAAAACUCAUCAGCUUUUACCUUUUGUACUCGAUGGCUAAUGGCUUUUUUUUAAAAAAAGAAAAGACGUCCAGUUUAGUGUGGGCUAGCUACACGACACAAAUAUACUCUACGAAUCUGUGAGAGAGUAUCAGUCAGAUGGCUUUGUAACCACUGAGGACCCAGGAAGGUUUUGAAGCAAAGACACUGCAGGUAUUGAGAAAUUGGAGGAAGACGACACUCUAAAGGAGAGACAAAGCUAAUGUGAAUUGUACAUAGGCCCCCCGUACUAAGGUAUUAACAUCUCAUUCGUCAGUGUUAUGGUUAGUGGACCAAGCCGUGAAGACGACCUGUGUAGGUGCAGGAUCAUCUACUGAAGUAGAACUCAAGUGCCAUGUAGUCGCAGUGGAGUUGUGCUCGCUGGGAAUGCCGAGAAGGGUGUGUCACUGGGAGGGGACGAGGAGCUGAGGACCCACACAAAAGCCGCGUUCGACACGUCAGUUACGCUUUCGCCAAAGUGUAGAGACCGUAGACGAGGCACUUAGGGCUACUUGAGUAGAUCAUUGUAAAUUGUAAUGAUUUUUAUUCAUGAAGUGAACUGGAUUCCAUUUUUUUGUACUUUCUGAAAAAAAGAAACAGCUUUUGGCUAAUGAACCUAGGCAUUUGUGUCUACUCACCGUCUUUGUAAGUUUAAUGUAUAGUAUUUAACCACUGAAGCUGUGUCCAUUCAGUUUUUGCUCACGUGAUCUGCUCGCCGGGAGUUUCGGUUGUUUUUUGAUAACAUGUAGUUAUAUUAAAACACAGCGAAGACAAACAAGCAUUCACAGACUUUUCUAAAUGUACAGAUAUUUUGCUACAAAAUUGUUGCCAUUUUUGUUUUCUUUUUUACUUAAUCCUUUUCCGUACCAUGAGGUCAACAUUGUACAUAUUGUUUAAACGAAAUUUGCCACACACUGUGCUAUACAGUUUGGAUGUUAUUUUAACUUAUAGUUUUUUUGUGUUCUGUUUUGUAUAUUUAAUUAAACAGUACAAAAAAAAAGUCCAGCUCGGUUUUAAGAGAACGCAUCUAGUGUAAAGAUCUGUUCUGAGCAGAAUGCCCUGGUGUGUCACAGUUGCCUGACAAUAAAGAGGCAUUAGACCAUUGACUUUUCAGUGAAGCUUUUACCGGUCUGUCGACCCUAAAAAACACCCCACUUUAUGGCAUGUGCAUCCACUGUAUUUCUUUAACAAAGUUACAUGUUUCAUACGUGAACUGUCUCACUUUUCAUCCUUUUAGACUGGAUAAUACAUGGGCAUGGUUUUUUCUGCAAUGUAUCAUAGGUAAUAAAUGCUUAUUUGCAAUGUACUUUUUAAUAACACAA